GGAGGAAAUGGCAACCNGUGUUCUCGGCCCGGGCCUUCGUGGGCUGGUACAAUGGGCUUCCUGAGAAUCGGGAGCUGGCCCCGGACCUGAGCUGUGACACAGCCGUGAUUCUGGGGCAGGGGAACGUGGCUCUGGACGUGGCCCGGAUCCUGCUGACCCCACCCGAGCACCUGGAGAAAACGGACAUCACUGAGGCUGCCCUGGGAGCCCUGAGACGAAGUCGGGUGAAGACGGUGUGGAUUGUGGGCCGACGUGGACCCCUACAAGCGGCCUUCACCAUAAAGGAGCUUCGGGAGAUGACUCAGUUACCAGGAACUCGGCCCAUGUUGGAUCCUGCAGAUUUCUUGGGUCUUCAGGACAGAAUCAAGGAGGCCGCUCGCCCGAGGAAGCGGCUGAUGGAACUGCUGCUUCGAACAGCCACGGAGAAGCCAGGGGUGGAGGAGGCUGCCCGCCGGGCAUCGGCCUCCCGCGCCUGGGGCCUCCGCUUCUUCCGAAGCCCGCAGCAAGUGCUGCCCUCGCCAGAUGGGCGGCGGGCGGCAGGCAUCCGCCUGGCAGUCACUAGACUGGAGGGCAUCGGUGAGGCCAGCCGGGCAGUGCCCACGGGCGACACGGAGGACCUCCCCUGUGGGCUGGUGCUCAGCAGCAUUGGCUAUAAGAGCCGCCCCAUCGACCCCAGUGUGCCCUUUGACCCCAAGCUUGGGGUCGUCCCCAAUAUGGAGGGCCGGGUUGUGGAUGUGCCAGGCCUCUACUGCAGCGGCUGGGUGAAGCGGGGACCCACGGGUGUCAUCACCACCACCAUGACCGACAGCUUCCUCACCAGCCAGAUUCUGCUGCAGGACCUGAAGGCCGGGCACCUGCCAUCUGGCCCCAGGCCAGGCUCUGCGGCCAUCAAGCGCCUGCUGGGCAGCCGAGGGGUCUGGACCGUGUCUUUCUCGGACUGGGAGAAACUGGAUGCUGAGGAGGUGUCCCGGGGCCAGGCCUUGGGGAAGCCCAGAGAGAAGCUGCUGGAUCCUCAGGAGAUGCUGCAGCUGCUGGGGCACUGAGCCCAGAUCCCAGUCUGGCCCGGUGCAGAGAAAAGAGGAGGGUGAGCCCAGAUCCCAGCCUGGCUCAGAGAAGAAAGGAGGCGCGCUGGGCAGCCGAGAGGCGUCGGGGUCAGCCUGAGCGGGACUCUGCACCCCAGCUGCGUCGUCUGCCCGUCCUGGCAUACGGCCCUGGCUGCCUCUUCUCCGGGGCGUGGGAGCGCUUUCUUCAGCCAGAAAGUCGCUUCUGCCAGUGUGGGUACAUUUCAGCAAGGAGAUAAACUUAGUUAGGGAUGGUGGCAGGUACAGGCUGACCUCCCUCCCUCCUGCUCUCUCCUGCUGGACUGUGGAGGGCCCCGAGGUCAGGAACAUGCUGGAAAUAAAGCAUCUGCCACCAAGGGUCA